AUGUCUCUAGAACCUACUCAAGCGACUGCUCAAGGCUCAAAAUCAGGGCAGAGCGACGGUCAUGACCUUAGCCUGGUUCCAUGCAACAGUGAACUCCAGAAAGACAUUUACCUUCCCGAAACAAGGGUCCUUCGACAAUCCAGUCCCUUGUGCCCUGAAAAAUCAACCAGAUGGGUUCGCAACUUCGGUUAUAUUCGACCAGAAGAUAAAAUUGUACGACCCCUUCUCAUCAAUGCAAGAAUUCGCCUCACUCAGCUCGAGCUGGAGGUGUUCAGCCUCCUUCCAAGCACGGAACCUAAUUUAGAGACCUUCGAACUCGUGCACGAAUGCGUGCCGAAAGACGAUAUGUCAGAACUCAGCACUCAUGUACUCAAACUCCAUCGCGUAUUGAAUAGAAGCUGUCUAAGACUCUGGGAUGAAAGCUGGCAGUCUGUAACUCAAUCGCUAGACGAGAACGACAACAUGAAUUUUCCUGCACCUGGAAAUGCUUUAUCGAAUCUAAAGCAAGCCAUGAUUGCCAGUGACAGUUUACGCCUACUUCUAUCGCAAGGCAUCAACAUUGGGGUCGAUGCUCUCCCUUGGACGGCAGAGAUGUGUGGGGCCCGGGGGUGGGCCAUAUGGGUGGGAAAAUGUACCGAGCUCAACAUGAUCGAGACUAUUCUUAGCGAGCGAGCGCAAUCCGGGGAGGGGAAUGAGGAGGUGUGUUGGGACUUCAUGACAGAUACUGGAGCAACAGAGGGGAUGGAAGGUAAAGGGCUCUGGCUCAGCAACCCAUCGAGUCUUUCACCAGACAAUGGCGAUCCAACAACGCAUAUUCCAUUGGCAAGAGACGAUUGGGUGGAGGAGGAGGAGGAGGAGGAGGAGGAGGAGGGCGCAUUGCAGACGUCCCCAGGGAGUGUUCAGUCUGACCUUUCCAACUCGGAUUUGAAUACCUUGGUCGGUGAUGGUUACAGAUCUGAAAGCCCUUCAAAAGAUGGCGGAGAAGGAGAUAUCUUGGACGACGAUUGGAACAAGAAUCCUCCCCAAGCUUCUCGUAUAGGACUCGGGCAGCUUUCUCGUAGGACGUGGGAAAGGAAACCCUUGUCCAAUAUUUCAUUCUCACGCGGUUUCGGGCUUCCGACUCCGACAUCUUUUGACAAAGAUUCAUAUGCGGAUAGCCUCAGGAAGAAUAUUCACGCCACCCUCAUCUCUUUCUCAACUUGUCAUUCGUCCUCUGAUACUCUGGCCGCCAUGUCGGAUGAACGAUUCAACAUGGAUUGCCGUCAGUAUCCACCGAUUGAAGAUCUCCACGAUUCAUACCUCUCUGAUUCUCCCGUAUCCAAAGCCCCUUCCCUCCCUCCCCUUUCCGAUGAUAAUGGUGAUGACAGCUCCGAACCAUACGAUAUACCAGCUAGUCCCAAUUCCCCCAAUUUGACCGUACUACCCAUAACCAUCCACGACGAAGACGGAUUUUCCUCGAACGAAUUUGGAAACCUCCAACCUUGUGGAGUGGAUGAGCAAAAUCAACGAAUGAUGCACAACCCAACAUAUGUGCAGCCUUCGAAAUUGUAUGACCCUAUGUUGCCAAUUUACAAACAAGUCCUACAGAGAAACGCCUCAAGACAAAGAUCCAAUCAGACGACAGAUGUCACGAUCAAGAGGAUGGAUAAUGAGUUUCACAACUUGUGGAUGAAAGUUGAGGUAAUGUUGUCGUCAGGCAAGGGUUUGGGACUCCCUGUAUGGAGUAUGGAAGAUCUCAUGUCCCCACUGAGCCAGACAAGUUUGCUCAAUUUUGGUCGACAUAUUUUCACUGGUGAAUGUCCCGCCCUCAGCGAAGUAGAAAGAUUAUUGUGGCAAGCAUCAUCCUCUAUCGGUCCUACUCGACUACAAGAGUUUGUACCGACGCAGGGGUGGACCUACGACUUCCGCGGACCUCCAAAAACAGGAUGGGGUAAGCCCCCACGUAAGUUGAUUCUCACACCAUUCGAUCCGACCGGGAGUGGAGAAUCUUUAUCACAUAAUGAAUCUCCGAGCGGAUAA